AUGUGUCGUUGUGCUCGUACCCACGAAGAUUCAACUUCCGCUCCAGUUGUUGCAGUCGAUCGAGUUGUUUUGCCAAAGACUGUCAAGCCAUUGACUUAUCGUUUGACUUUAAAUCCCGAUCUUGAGAAGUUUACCUUCACAGUGGAGGAACAAGUUGAAUUAAAGUUGUUGGUGCAACCUUCGGAAAUUACUAAAAUUGUUGCCAAUUGCAAGGAAGUUGUUGUUCAUAAAGCUUCAUUGAGUGUUGGAAAUACUCUAUUGCCAAUUACAAAGAUCAGCUAUGAGGAGGAGAAUGAUUUUGUUAAUUUUGAAUUUGAUCAUAAAGAUCAAGAAUUUGCAAACUUGGAAAUUGGAGAUGUGAUCACAUUGAAUAUUCAAUCAACAGGUGAAUUGAAUGAUAAAUUGGUUGGAUUUUAUCGUAGCAAGUAUUACAAGGAUGGUGUUGAAAAGUAUGGAGCUGUGACACAAUUCGAAGCUGUCGAUGCUAGAAGAUGUUUUGUUUGUUGGGAUGAACCUGCUUUAAAGGCAGUUUUUGAAGUUACUUUAAUUGCUCCAAAAACUCAUGUUGCCUUGUCCAAUAUGAAUUGCAUUGAAGAGAAGGAAUAUGACAAUGAUAAGAAGAUUUGUAAAUAUGCUCCAACGCCAAUCAUGUCAACGUAUUUGGUUGCCUUUGUAGUUUAUGAAUAUGAUUAUGUAGAAGCUAUUGCUACUGAAACUAAAAACAAGGUUCCAGUUAGAGUUUACACUCCAUUGGGAAAGAAGGAACAGGGUGAAUUUGCAUUGGAAGUUGCUUGUAAAUGCUUGGCUCUUUAUGAAAAGUAUUUUGAUAUUCCAUAUCCAUUUGCAAAGAUGGACAUGGCUGGAUGUCAACUCUCUGCUGGAGCUAUGGAAAACAGUGGUUUGGUUUUGUACAGAGAAACAGCUCUCUAUGUCGAUCCAAAGAAUACCAGUUCAAGUGCCAAGCAAUAUGUUGCUAUUGUAGUAGCUCACGAAUUGUCUCACCAAUGGUUUGGAAAUUUAGUUACUAUGGAAUGGUGGCACAGCCUUUUUUUAAACGAGAGCUAUGCUACGUUCAUGGAAUAUUAUGCUGUUGAUCAAUUGUAUCCUGAAUGGAAUGUUUUUGAACAAUUUGUUCAUGAUGAUUUUUUCAAAGCUAUGGCAUUGGAUGCUUUGGCUUCAAGCCAUCCAGUCCAUGUUCCAGUUAGAGUUGCAGCUGAAAUUGAUGAAAUUUUCGAUGCUAUCAGUUAUUCUAAAGGAUGUUGUUGUGUAAGAAUGUUAAUUAAUUGGUUGUCAAAUGAAAGAUUCAGAGAAGGUAUGAUUCAUUACUUGAAGAAGUUCAGUUACCAAAAUGCUGAUACAGAGGAUUUAUGGGAAGCUCUCUAUGAAAGAACGUCACAAAAUGUAACUGAAAUGAUGUACUCUUGGAUUUACAAGAUUGGUUUCCCAGUUGUUAGUAUAACAGAGGAAAUUCAACAAGAUCAUAAGGUACUCACUCUCAGACAAAACAGAUUCUUGGAAAAGUGUGGUAUCUUUGAAUCAGAUGACACUGUUUGGGUUAUUCCUGUAUCCUAUUUGGUUUGUGGUGCAGAUGACUCUAUUACAGAAUUCAGUUUGGAAUUAAAGGAGAGAGAAACCAAGGUUUCCAUUCCAACCUCCUCCAAGUGGAUCAAAUUCAACAAGAAUCAAACAGCGUUCUUUAGAUUGAAUUAUCAAAGUGAUUCCUACUAUUCCAGCUUAGUUGAACCUAUCAAGAGUAAGAUUUUAUCUCCAAUCGACAGAAUGUCCAUCAUUGAAGAUGCUUGCACUCUUUCCAAGGCUGGUCUAGUUCCAACUGAAAGAGUAUUCGUUCUCUUCUCUGCCUAUGCAAAUGAAGAUAAUUUUACAGUAAUUUCCAGUCUUGCUACCUGCUUUGGUACCUUGUAUAAUAUUUACAAGCACGAGGAGCAAAUUAUUGAAAAAUUCAAAAAGCUUGCUGUUUCAAUCUUCUCUGGUAUUGCUGCCAAGUUGGGUUGGAUACCAAAACCAAACGAAAGUCACUUGGAUAGCAUGGCUAGACCAAUUGUUUUGGGUGCACUUGUAAAGUAUGGCGAUAAGGCCGCCAUUGAAAAGGCAACUCAAUUAUUUGAUGAUUUCAGAAAGGACAAUAAUCUUGUCAUUCCUGAUUUGAGACCUGUUAUAUAUAGUGCUGUUAUUAGAUAUGGAAAUGAGGAAAGAUUCAAUCAAUGUUUGGAAAUUUUCCAAAAGACUGAACUCUUCGAGGAAAAGAAUAGAAUUUUGAGAGCUCUUGGUCUCGCUCAAGAUGAAAAAUUAAUUUCCAAGAGUCUUACCAUGGCAAUUGAUGACUCUGUCAGAUCACAAGAUGUCAUGUACGUGCUCGCUGGUGUUUCCUCCAAUCCAAAGGCAACAACAAUGGCAUGGAAAUUUUUAUUCGAAAACUUUGCAAUUAUCAAGCAAAAGUUUGAAGGUUGUUUCCUUCCUGGAAGAAUUGUCAAAUUGUUGACUGAAAGUGUUACCAAUGCAGAUGAUGUUCAAACCAUUAGAGAAACUUUGGACAAGGUUAAAUUCAAAUCCAUUGAGAGAUCAGUUGACCAAUGCGUGGAAUCUAUUGAAAUCAAUAGCAAGUGGCUCCAACGUUCUAAGAAUUCUGUCUUGGAAUGGUUGUCAAACAAUGUAGAAUAAACAAUUUAAUACAAUAGAUAUUUCGC